CAAGAAUAAUUCGUCUAAUCGACACACUCAACGAUGACAAACUCGGAAAUGACGUUGAAGCUUUUGGUCGACAAAAGAGAUGGCAAAGUCAUGUUUGCUGAAGCAAGCAAAGACUUUGUCGACUUCCUCUUCUACAUACUCACAUUGCCUAUCGGCAGUAUCACGAAGCUUCUUGCCAAAGAGCCGUUAUCAGGCAGCCUCGGAGACCUUUAUCAAAGCAUCGAGAACCUAAACAACAUCUACAUACUAGAAAACAAAACCAAAGACACUGUUUUGAACCCAAAAUCGCUAUCUUAUAUUCCCAAUCAAGAUCUGCUCUUGUUAUCCAAAGAUUCCCCAACCAUCAAAAAAAGGUUUUACACGUGCUCUAACGUUAACCGUCGUUGCAAUAUUGUGACCGAAGAGCCAAAGAGUGCGUGCCCUAAUUGUCGGUAUGCUAUGUCAAAUGAGAUGACCUAUUUCGUACCUGAGGCGGCUAAGGUGGCUGCAACCACGGAAGUUGGUUUUGUGAAAGAGGUGGUUACUUAUAUGGUCAGGGAUGACCUGGUUGUGCAACCUAUGUCCACCAUCUCUGCCAUAACUUUGCUCAACAAAUUGAGCAUCAAAGAUGUGUGUGUUCUUGGAGAAAAAGAAGUCCAUUUUGGGAUGGCAGAGGGGUUGAAGCUACUCAAGGCCUCGUUGGAAUGCAAGAAUGUACUGACUCGUGUAUUCCUGGACUCCGAAGACCAGGUCAAAAUUGUUUAAGCCAAGUACUUAUCGUACGACUGUUCACCAAAUUUAA